UGUUGUAUAUCUCACCCCGUGAGUGUUUUUAAUGGGAGAGUUUGAGUCAUUUUUUGUUUGAAAAGCCCGCUCCUAUGACGUCCUGAUGAUACCAUGACAACCAAACACAAACACCAUUCUUGGUCGUGUACAGAUACAUACUGCCGUGUGUGUAUAAUCACUAACCAUGAGUGAGGAAAUUAAGUUCAUUGUAAAUGAGCUCAACAAGGAGCCAUACAGUCGUAACUAUAACCUCAUCUCCUUCGAUGCACUCAAUGGCGAGUCACUAUUGCAGAUACUGAAUGAUGUCUUUGCUGAAAUUGAUGGCAAAAAUAAAUUGGACAUCCGAGAAGAAGAGCCAGAGCAAAUGGCAGUCCGGAUGUUGGGUAUGUUGCGAAUACUUAAAUACAAACCUCCAGAUGAUAACAUCAUGAGCAGAAACCCUGCAAAUAUGACGAGCAAUUUUCGUCAGGGUUUGGUAUCGGGAAAUAAACAGGUAAUCUACCCUAUCUUGGCGUGGCUCCUGGAGAGAACCGAUGAACUAAAGAAGCGAGCUUACUUAGCCAAGUACCUGGUGAAGCUGGAAGUACCUGCUGAGAUAAUAGGAGAUGUGGACGUAGCUGAUACUCACAUGAAGUAUGAGGAGCUCAUUGACCAGUUCAAGAGUAUUCACCGUGAGUACGAAGCACUGCGGACUAGUGGCUUCUCUACGGCUGAAUUACGUCGUGACAUCGCCGCCAUGGAAGAAGAGCGUGACCUCGUCUUGAGGAGGAUUGAUAGAAUGAAACAGAAAAUUGAGGGAACACCAAACAGUGAGGCUAUGCUUUCAUCAGCCCGAGCUCUAAGACAAGAGAAGGAACGAAAAAAGGAAAUGGGACAACAGGAAGGAGAUCUAAAGUCUGCCAUACAAUUAUCUGAGCAGAGGAUUGCACGUCUUCAAACACAACUGAAAGAUAUUCGUAAAGCUGGCAUGGGAACCACACCCGAGGGUCUCUUGCAGAGACUAGAGGAAGACGUAAAUGUUAACACCUAUAUCGUAAAAGAAAAAUUACCCAAGGAACUCUCAGCUAAGGAAAGAUAUGUGGCAAUAUUAGAGCGAGUAGCAGCACAGCCUGCCAUGGGUCAGCAGGAAAUAGAUUCAGUGAACAAGCAGAUUCGAGCUUUAACAACUGAAAUCAAUAAAUUGAAUGAAGCUCGUAUGAAAGAAGUGGAUGAAGAUGACACCCCAGAGAGCAAGGUUGGAAAGUUAUCGUUUUUUCGGAAAAAUACAGUGAUCAUCGGCAGGAAGAAGGAACAGACUGCCGAACGCCUCAAUGAGCUUCGGGGAGAGUUAGCUAAUAUUCAGGAGGACAUGAGGGACAAACAAGAUCAACUGAAGAAAUUUUCAGGUGAACAGGUCCUGCGUGGGGAAGAGUUCAAGCGGUAUGUUAAUAAAUUAAGAGGCAAGAGUUCAGUCUACAAAAUUAAACGUGCAGAACUUAGUGACUUGAGAGCUGAGUAUGGUGUUCUUAGUCGAACUGAAGAAAUACUGAAAUCCAAAGAUGCACAAAUUUUAGAACAACUUAAUUCAGUGGAGUCACAGAUGGGGGUGUCAGGUUUCCGUGAAACUCAAGAAACUAUGGAAAAAGUUUCAACCAUGAAGGCUGAAAUUGAUGAACGUAAAGGGCAAACACUUGAAGAAAUGUCUGGCAUGGUUAUAGAACUUAACCAUAAAAUUGCUGAGAGGAAAGCACGUUUGGCUCCAAUUAUUAAAGAAUUGCGUCCACUGAGGCAGAAAGUGCAAGAUCUGACAGUGGAUUACAAUGAUAAGAAACACACACAUGACUCAGUGGCUGCUGGCUUAGACACUAAUUUGGCAAAACUUGAAACGGAAGUUAAGAAUCUUUAUGAUGAGAUUGUAAGUUCAGAAACUAAAUACCACAUAUUAAAUUCUGAACGGGAAAUUCUUAACUUGAAGCAACAGCAAGCAAGUGAUGAAAUUAAACUGUAUCUCUCAAGUGAUCCACAAGACAAGAGGAAGUCACUUAGGGAGCAACUCAUGACAAAUAUUAGUGAACAGGAGAAGCUCGGCCGAGUAUUACGAGAAGAACAAAAAUCAGUCAAAGAUCUUCUUCAGACUUCUGCGAAGCAACUCAGGAUGUGGCAGGAUGUUGUCAAGCUCAUGGAAGUGAAAAGAAAGUGCUUAGAUGCAGCAAGAAACUCUGGUAAUGUUACCAGAAAUAGUGGCGGUGAAGCUUUGGUUUUAACUUAAGAAAGUUCUGAUAUUUUUCUUUGUGGUUUUGUUGAGUUGUUCUAUAACGUCAAAUUUAUCUUUGAAAUAUGUAAAAUUAGGUUUUCUAAUAUUGAAAACAUGCAUUUUGUAUGGCUGCUUGUGUGGCAGCUCACACCUCUCACAAUGAAGGCCUUAUCUCUGACACUGUUUUGUCACAUUGUAUUUUAUAUGUUGAUGUCAUGUUGCCAUAUUACAAUUGAGACUGAACAAAUAACAUUUACGUGUUACCAUGUUUAUUGAUAACAUAGGUACUGUAUCUGGUGCACUCAAAGUCUUGAAACUGGUUAACAUAUUUCUAAAUUACAGGUACAGUUUUGUACCUGUAAUUUAUGAAUUACUGUAACAGUAUACUGUACUCAACUACUUGUGACUUGAUAAAGCUAAAUUACAGUGA